AUGUCUGAAAGAAUUUCUUCCGGAAAUCUUGAAGAUAAAAAAUUGAAAUGCAAAAUGAUUGAAGAACCUGAGCUAGAAUUAAGAAAGGAAUUGGAAAAUAUAACACCAACCUUUCAAGUUAAUUCUGAGAAGGGAAAAAUGGUUGAAGAACCUAAGAUGAUAACAUCAUCUGUUCAAUUUGAAGGUUUAUCGGCUCUAAGGGCUGGCAAUAUCACCAUGCCAACUUCUGGUCUGUUCGAGAACGGUGAACGUUCGAGUUCAUCGAAAAAUGUUAUUGCUGAAGUUCUCAAUGAGGAAGUGAAGGAAUUUCCUUGUCAAUUUUGUGACAAGAAGUUCUCGAGUCCUCAGGCUCUCGGAGGACAUCAAAACGCUCAUAAGAAAGAGCGUGACGCCAAAAGAAUUGAACAAAAAAAGAGGGAGGAGGAAAUGGAAUCCACCCUAAGGUUUGGAUCUAAUUUUUCAUACCUUUAUCCUUCUGCAAGUUCUGUUAACUAUCAAGUGCAUCCUUAUUUUCAUGGCAACUUUCAACCAUCAAUUGGGACUCGUAUGAACAAUAACAUGCCUUCUUUGCUUGGUUCUUCAUCUGUUGGCGUUGGCUAUGGAGGGAUGCAUAUGCCAAAUACACCCUCCCCACCACAUCCAUUUAUGAGGUCAGUACCAAAACCACUCAUCACAACACCACAAUUUGGGAUGACUAAUUUUAUGGGUGGAAAUCAAACUUCUGGGAGGUCAAUUCCUCAAUGGCCAAACAACGUGGAGUCGGGACUUUUUGGCCAAACUAAUCAGACCCAUUCAUCUCAUGAAGGUGGAGAAGGAAGUUCUAAUGCUCAAUUUUCUUAUCAAGGCCUUCCAAUAGAAACUCGUGAUUUUAUUGGAGAAGGCCAACUUCUUGCUGAUGCUAAUGUGUCUUCUCCAUCAACUGAAUCAACAGUGGAAGACCUCGACUUGAAUCUCAAGCUUUAA